GGCGGCGGCGGCGGCGGGCGCGGCGCGAUGUGCGAGCGGGCGGCGCGCCUGUGCAGGGCCGGCGCGCACAGGCUGCUUCGGGAGCCGCCGCCGCAGGGCCGGGCGCUGGGCGGGCUGCUGCGCUGGGUGGGAGCCAGGAUGGGCGAGCCCCGGGCGCCGCUGGCCCCCGACGUCCCCGCCGCCCCCGCCGCGGACCCCGGCCCCGGCCCGAGCCCCGCCUCGCCACGCGGGGGCACCGCCGUCAUCCUGGACAUUUUCCGCCGUGCGGACAAAAAUGAUGACGGGAAGUUGUCCUUGGAGGAAUUCCAGCUCUUCUUUGCAGACGGCGUCCUCAACGAGAAGGAACUGGAGAAUCUCUUCCACACCAUCGAUGCUGACAACACCAACCAUGUGGACACCAAGGAGCUGUGUGAUUACUUUGUGGACCACAUGGGGGACUACGAGGACGUCUUGGCCUCCCUGGAGACCUUGAAUCACUCUGUCCUGAAGGCCAUGGGCUACACCAAGGAGGUGUAUGAGGGGGGAAGCAACGUGGACCAGUUUGUGACUCGCUCUCUAAAGGAGACGGCCAAUCAGAUCCAGUCCCUGCUGAGCUCGGUGGAAAGCGCGGUGGAGGCCAUCGAAGAGCAGACCAGCCAGAUCCGGCAGAACCACAGCAAGCCCAGCCACAGCAUGGUGGAGGCCUGGUCUGAGCCGGCUCCCCCCUACACCCCCAACCACAAGUUCGUGGCCACGGAUCAGGGGAAGAACUUCCCGCCUGUCACUUCGGACCCCAAAGAGGAGGGCCUGGAAGCCCAGGUCAGCAGGUUGGCAGAGCUGAUAGGACGGCUGGAGAACAGGACCCUGUGGUUUGACCUUCAGCAGCAUCUCUUGGAUGAAGAAGGCACCAAUAUGCAUCUGCAGCUCGUCCGGCAGGAGAUGGCCGUGUGUCCCGAGCAGCUGGGGGAGUUCCUGGUCCUGCGUCAAUACUUGCGGGGCACCUCCGGAGCCAGGCACUGCUUCCACGUCACGGCCGUGAGGCUGGCAGACGGCACCUUCGUGGUCUACGAGUUCUGGGAGACAGAGGAGGAGUGGAAGAGGCACCUGCAGAGCCCUGUGUGCAAGGCCUUCCGCCACGUCAAGGUGGACACGCUGAGCCAGCCCGAGGUGCUCUCCCGGAUCGCGGUGCCAGCCGCCUGGUGCACCCUGGGCCGCGACUGAGGCCCCAUGGACGAGCCUGCCACCCACCCGGCUCCCUCUGACGAAGGACGACCACUCUUUUCUAGCAUCUUUGGUAUCCGAGCUCUUUUCCAUAUACUCCAAAUACCAAUGUCUCUCCUGCUGUCAGAAGUGAAGGAGGGCCCCCUAGCUCCCCCCCGCCUUGGUGGCAGAGCACCGUCUGAGCUGCUGGGGCCCUGCUGGAGCCAGAGCCCAGUGGGGAUGGGGGGCUUCCUGGAGGCAGCCCCUGCCUCCCCCAUCGCAUGACCAGCCCCCAUGUCCCCGGCCGGCCUGGCCUCAGCAGGACACCCCCUCUUUCCCCCUCCUGGUUGCCACUCUACCUGGUAGGAGCCGAGACCCUGUAGUGCCCGCCCUAGGCCCGGGCUGAGCCCGCAGGCGGCCGUAGAUCCCGCGUAGCCAGUGCCCUGUGAGGCAAGCAGCCCGGGACAGAACCAAAUAAAAUCCCGCUGGGGACCGCUGCG